AUGUCUGAUGAAAUUAAAGUAGCAUUGUCAAAAUUUGUAGAACUUGAUAGACCAAAACAAGAAUGUAGUUCAUAUGAUAUAUUUGUUUUACAGCAAGCACUAUUUGACAAAGGAUAUGGAGGAUUUGAUCUUAUUGGAGCUUUACCGAUUGAAAUAUCCAUAAAAAUUUUUGAGCAACUCACAGCAAAGGAUCUAUGUGCAUGUGGUGAAGUUAGUAAAAAAUGGAGGAGUGUCACACAGGAUUCGAGUAUAUGGAAAAAGAAAUGUAUAGAGAUGUAUUAUGGAGAUGAGCGACGAUUGUACGUUAGCAAGGGAAAAUUGCUGGAGAAAUAUGGUUGGGAAAAAGUUUAUCAACAGUUGUAUAGAAUUGAAAAUAAUUUGAGGAAUGGACGUGCCAAAUCAUUUAGAUUGUUGAAGGGACACAGAGAACGUAUCAACGAUGCUAAAUUAAAAGAAAAUAUUUUGGUUACAGGGUCAGCUGAUAGAACCGUUAGAAUUUGGAAUGUUGAGACAGGUGAAUGUAUUAAUGCUUUGUCAGGAAAUUCAUUUAGUUCGACAGGGGAAUUAUUAAGGGAAUUAAGAGGACAUGUUACAGCGGUUAGGUGUAUAAGUAUAUCAAAAAAUUAUGUUGCAUCUUGUGCAUUUGAUGGUAGUUUAAUAGUGUGGAAUUGGCGAACUGUGUUUGAUUUUAAUUCACGUAAAGGAUUAAUGUAUCCUAAAUCGCAAGAUACAAUUGAUAUAGACAAAGAAGUUGUUAGGACACUAAACAUUGAUGAUAAUCAAGUAAUAAUUGGUUAUUUAAGCGGUAAAAUUGGUAUUUUGGGAUUUGACGAUUACAAUUACGACCAUUAA